AUGAAGCAAGAUCUCAAUACGGGUGAAAUCAAGGAGUGGCGAUCAAUCGUCACGCUCGUUGUUUUUGUUCUCACCAAUAUCAAUGUUCUUUUCCCUUUCCAUAUUCCAGUAUACGUACCAAAGAAACUCUACAAUGGCUUCUUACACGCAUUGAGUAGCCUUCGAGUCAUUUCACCAAGAGAUGGGCCCAAGGACAACAGCAAUUCGUUUGUGAAGGCCAGACUACCAAUGAACAUGGUCACGGCGCCUCUGAUCGCAGACUUAUUCCUACUUGCCAUCGGAGCAAUUGGGCGACGAGAGAUCCACGAUGGAACCAUCGGUACCGAUAAUAUCGAUCCCCUUGACAUCAUGGUCUUCUUCAUCACCUUGGCUUACAUUGCUAUAUCGAUCGAUGCGUCUGGCCUUAUCCGAUACCUAGCCUUCAGGGUCCUCAAAUGGGGUGGCAAAGCUGGGCCUCGACUAUUUUGCUACCUCUAUACGUUCUUCUUUAUCUUGGGAAGUUUCAUUGGCAACGAUCCUAUCAUCCUCUCUGGAACGGCAUUCUUGGCUUAUAUGACCCGAGUAUCGCGUAAUAUUGUGCACCCGCGUGCGUGGAUUUAUACUCAAUUUGCAGUCGCCAAUAUUGCAUCAGCAAUCCUCGUUUCUUCAAAUCCAACGAACCUCGUGCUCGCUGGCGCCUUCAAUAUCAAAUUCAUCGCCUACACAGCGAACAUGGUAGUACCAGUGGUGAUCACUGGCCUCGUACUUUUGCCUUUCUUGGUCUACAUAAUCUUCGAGGAUGAGAACCUCAUACCCAGUUCUAUUCAAAUCCAUGACCUUCCUGAUGAUGUCAAAGGGAAGAAGCCAGUCAAUCCAAAUAUCCCCUUUGCCAGAGGCCAUAUUGAUGACGACGGGGCUGAUUUGGCUAAUAACGAGGAAGGAAAGCUUCUUUCGUUGGAGGAGAUCAUGAACCCCUUCCUCGACAAAGGAGGCGCAGCAUUUGGUGCGGUUAUCAUGGCUGCUACGUUGGCCACAGUAUUGGCUUUAAAUGCUGCGAGCACCAAAACAGGGAAGCACCCUAUUUUCUACGUGACCCUUCCAGCAGCAGUUGUCAUGUUUUGCUGGGAUGUUGCUUCAGGCUGGUAUCAUAGAAAGGAGACGCGCAACAUCGCCCGAAGUGGCAGGCAAGAUGUCGAGACUACAAGGGCUGAAAGAGCUUUUCAAGCAGAGGAAUCUAGACGAGCCUCCUUGGCCCAUGGCGGCCUGCAGAAACCUGCUGUGGUUUAUACUUCAACUUCAUCCUCUGGCCAGACCAAUCUUCGCCAGAGUCAAGAUGAGGUUUCUCAGACUGAGGAAACACUACAAGAGAAAGACACUUCCACUGGAUUCAGCUCCAAGGAGAGAGAUCCCGCAUAUCAAUUCGAAAAGCAAAAGGAUCUCAACGAGAUGCCACAUCCAACCCAGAAUGAGGAUCAUCCUAACGAAGUGGCUUUGAGCAACGUCAAGGAGGGAGUUUUCACCUCUCCGACUGAUCUCGAAAUGAGCAAUAUACCCAAGACUCUGCAAGCCACAGUUAACAAGAAUCACACCAAGCCGACAACCCUCGUUUCCAUUGCCCAAGAUGUAUUCCGAUGGUUGCAAGAAACAUUCCCCACCGCUACAGCCGUAUUAGUACAUUUACCCUUCGCACUCGUUCCCUUUGCCUUCUGCAUGUUUAUCCUUGUCCAGGCACUAGUCACUAAAGGAUGGGUUCCCGUGUUUGCCUACGGCUGGGACCAUUGGGUAGGAAGGACAGGAACAGUAGGCGCUAUUGGAGGAAUGGGUUUUAUCUCAGUAAUUCUAUGCAACUUUGCAGGGACAAAUAUCGGGACCACGAUUCUGCUUUCACGGGUCAUACAGUCAUGGGAAGAGAUCCAUCACCAACCCAAUGCUAGCUCAAUAAGUGACCGCACAUUCUGGGCAACCGUUUAUGCAAUGGCUCUGGGUGUGAACUAUGGUGCUUUCAGCACUUGCUUCAGUGCCUCCCUGGCUGGGCUUCUCUGGAGAGACAUUCUUUCCAGAAAACAUAUUCGUGUACGAAGCCUGGACUUUGCGCGUGUUAACCUUCCAAUCAUUGCCAUCGCCAUGAUUGUUGGCUGCACUGUUCUAGUUGCGGAGGUUUAUAUUAUGAGGACUAAUGAGCCCUACGAUGCAUGA